AUGUUCCGUGCUUGUAUGCAGAAAGUGCCGGGCACAGUGUCGGACGGGCAUGUCGGUGCCGGCGUGCUUUCCGCGACGUCGUUCGGGUGGGUAGCAAAACAGAUCGACCAUCUGACAGGCGAGAAGGGUCGUCGUGGGGUGAGCAUCGAGAGCAUCGGGAUGAAGGGGCUGAAGGCUUUGCGCGACAGCAUGGUUGAGUACGUCGGCAAGGUCAUUGCCGUAAAACGCACCGCGAUGCCGACUUCUCAAGCCGCCGGACCCGCCGACAAUGCCAUAGAUGACGACGUCGCGGAAGGACAGAAGGCGCCCCAAGGUGCAGUUGCCGCCCAGCAUCAUGGGAACGCGAGGGUGCAUGGGGAAGGUGGAAACGGUGGAGGAGGCGACGCAGAGGCAGGUGCAGGAAGGUCGGAAACGGAGAAGUCGUCGUCGUCGUCGGAGUCGGAGUCGGAGGAGGAAGACGAGGCGGUGAAGCGUAAGGACGAGGAGGAGUAUGAGGAGGAGGAGGAGGAGAAUAAGGACGAGAAUGAGGGUACGGUUGAGGCGGGAGCGGCGGAAGAGGCGGUGGGGUCGGCAGAUCAGGGGAAUGAGGAAGAGAAGGAUGACGGCGCGGGAAAUGCUACGAGGUCGGCAGAUGUGGGGAAGGAGAAGGGCGAGGUCGGCGUGGAGGCACCUGGAAAUGGCCAGGAUGAGGCGGCCUGCGAAGGAGGUGGGAAGGUGUCGGUCGACGCCGGCGAAGGGCCGAACAACGCGGGCGAGCAGGAGGCCGGGGAAGCACCUGGUCGGCAGGGCCCAGAACUAGACAACGUCGAGGUUCUGCGACGGGAAAACUGGUUGUUGCGGGCGGAGAACGCUCGGCUGGCGUCGUUGCUCGAUGCGGAGCGGUCCCGGCUGGACAGUUUUUUUGUUGGGGUCAGUCGACUCGUCGACCACGUUAAAGGGUUGGCCGAGCAGGUCGACGACACCGACAAGUAUGCCGCCGAACAGCUGCGAAACGCGAUGGAGGCCAUGUUGAAGACCAUCACGGGCAACAUCUCCGGCAGCUUUGACGAAGCGUGGAAGUCGAUGAAGACUUUCGCGGAACAUGCGACGGAGUGGUUGGAGGACUUCGACAAUCCGGAGGGUCGUGUCGCGUAUGCACGAGCGUUAGCGGUCUCCUCCUUGGCCGAACACGUGGAUUCGGUGGUGGGCGAUGCGAAGAAGGGGUUGGAAGAGUACAUCUCGAACCACCUUGCCUACGCGCAGGUCAACAUCGCCACCGCUUUGACCGCCAGGCUCGCCGUGCCGCCGCCGCCACCGCCUCAUCCCACGCCGCCCGCCAUCCCAGAAGAGAUUUUGAAGUCGUUCAAGGCCGACAUCCUGAAGGCGGUGACGGAGGCCACCCAGCACUCUUUUGUUGCUUCCGGGAUGAAGAUCAUGACAGAGAUGAUCGGCACUGUGACGCCUGGUCGACGUGGGUCGUCGCCUUCGGCCAAUGACGCCGAUAACGCGCAAAGAAAAACGGCCGAGAAGCAGGGCCAUAAGAGGACCGGCGACGGAGACGACAAGGGGAGCUCGAAGCGGAGCAAGGGAGCGGACGGUAGUUUCGGGUCGAAGCCUGCGCAAAAAAGCGUGGUCGACCAGCUGAAGACGAAGGCGGGGUGGAAGGUGGUAAGGACGUCGCACAGCAAGGGAGGCGGAAGCGGGGGAGCAGAGGGUGGCCCUACCGACGGGGUUGCCGCUAGCCUAGCUGCUCCGACUGGCCCGCCUUUGGUCGCCGAGCAGACCCAUCCUCAGGCGAGCGGUGGGAAAGGCGUUACCGACAAGGAGGUGCCAACUGCUCAGGCGGCGAAUGAUGGUGACUCCGGAACCACCAAGGGACCACCCGUCGCGGCGGCGGCCAAGCCUGCUUCUGCUACGGUUGCCGGCACCACCAAGUCGAGUCCCCGUAACCCCCUUGCGGCUACCAGCGCGCCUGCCGGCCAGUCAGAGAUGCUCCGCCGCAUGGAGGCACAUAGCAGGGACGUGCAGCAGCAUCCCGUGGUCGACGCCGGCCUUCCUGGAACAGCACGCCGCUCCGUCACUACGCAGGUUGCCGGCAAGUCGUCCGGUGCCCCACCUGCCGCGCCUCCGGUGGCCGCCCCACCGCCUGCGGACCCCAAGUCCGAUUUUCUUCGCGCCCAUUUAGGCGCACGCAAAGCAACUGCUCCGUCAGUGACCCUGCCGGAACUCGGCAAAAGCGCGACGCCGAUGUCGGUAAACGCGACCGCACCCACACCAGGUGCAUCUGUGGUCGAUGUGGCGGCGGAGAAGGGAGUGAGUGCAGCGCUCGCCACCGGCGGCCGCGCAGACAAGCAUGCCGACCUCGCUGUCGUCAUGGCCCAUUUUGAGGCAGCAAAGCGCCCCGAGCACGCCCCUGUUAUGGCCAUCAUGGACACGGCGCAUGUGGUGCCGUCGGCGACCCACGGAGGGGGUUCGACGGAGCAGACGGCCGCAACGGCUGCUGUCGCCGAGAUAAAUGCUGGACGGAAGGAAAAGGACGACAACGGGAAAGGGAAGGCGGUCUCUCAGAGGAGCACGCGGGCGAUGACUGCGGGGAAGGUUACGUCGGAAGAGAAAGGAAAGAAGGCGGAAGGGGAGAAGGACAAGACGGGCGGCAAGGGUAAGCCGGCGAAGAAGAAGGAGAAGGCGGAGGAGGAGGACGAGGAGGGCGGCGAGGGAGAUAAAGAGCAUGGACGCAGGGGUCAUGGCAUCCGCCGAGACAAGGCUGGCGACGGGCAAGGGUGGGUGGGCGAAAUUAAGGUACACGGACAGAAUCGGUACAUCGGCAAGUCGAGGGAGAAGAUGGAGUUGGCCUACGAGCACGCGAUUGCGUUCGUCGUCUACGACGGCUACGUGAGCAAGGUGCUCAUGAAGGAGCUCACCGUCUUGAACCCGGGGGAGUUGGAUAAAUGGAAGGAGGUGUGGGCGGAGGUGAAGUUGUUGCCCACUGGGAUGUGGACGGUGAUGUGGGCCAGAGGCUUGUGCCAUCCGAGAGCAAGGUUCGACGAUAUACUCGGCAGGUACCGUGGGUACGCGGGUUCGGGUGUUGCGCUUCAUGACGUGCUUUGGCCGGCGAUCUGGUUCCCCAUCAACGAGGACACGGAGGAAGGCAAGGAAGAGACGAACGCUCUCAUGUCGGCGAUGGUAAAUCGCGUGUCGAUGUGCGCGGCGUAUGGGAAGGUCGCGGCGAGCGCGGCGUUUGGGAAGGUCGAUGCGAGCGUGGAGGGGAAGGCGGACGAGAAGAUGGAGAUGGGGGCCCAGGCGUUAGCGGCAUCGGCAUGCGCCAUCUGGUGCUUCUUGGAGACGGGGGCGUCGGUGCUCGGUGCUGUGGUCGAAGGGAAGGCGGCGGCGAUGGUGGCAGGUGCGGGGGAGGCGAGGGCCAAGGACUUCAAGGAGGUGAUGCACGCGGUGAUCGACAUAGCACGCAGCAGGCAAGCUCCCGCUGGGGAGGUUGCACAUAACGUCGCGCCAUCGCUGCAGAGCCAGGCAGUUGCCAGGGCCUUCGCGAAGGGAGUUGAGGAAGUCGAGGCCGACAUGAUGGCAAGAGCGACGGUCGAGACCUUGGCGUUCUGGGGAAUGUGCCCCGUCGCCGGGCCCAAGCUCAAAGCGCAGGGCAUCGAUGUGCCGUGUGACGCGAGGAUGGACGUCCUGCUCUCCCGCGCAAACCUCAUCGACCUGCGAGUAGGCGCGUGGCCGGAGGCCUGGUCGACGCCGACAUUCCCUGAGUCUGGGGCUCUCUUCGCCUAUGCAAGCUCCUUCAAUUUGGUUACUUUAGUUACUGCCCCACCUCCCUUUCCCAAACCAACCCAACAAACCCACCUCAUCAUUGCCUCUCCUCCGCGGACCCCCACCCACCUGUUGCCUCUCUCUCUCCCACCCACCCAGCUCAUCAUCGCCUCUCCCUCCCACCCACCCAGCUCAUCAUCGCCUCUCCCUCCCACCCACCCAGCUCCCCCCCACCCCGCCGUCCACUCUCUUUCCCACCGCGCAACCCCCUCUCCCUCCCACCCGCUGUCGCUUCUCCCUCCCAUCCGCCGUCGCCGCUCCCUCCCUCCCGCCGUCGCCGCUCCCUCCUCCCGCCGUCGCCGCUCCUUCCCACCCGACCGUCACCUCCCCCUCCCCUCCCGCCGUCGCCUCCCCGUUCCUCCCGCCGUCGCCUCUCCCUCCUCCCCGCCGUCGCCUCUCCCUCCUAUCCGCCGUCGCCGCUCCCUCCUAUCCGCCGUCGCCGCUCCCUCCCAUCCCACCGUCGCCUCUCCCCCCAUCCCGCCGUCGCCUCUUCCCCCAUUCCGCCGUCGCCUCUCCCUCCCAUCCCGCCGUCGCCUCACCCUCCCAUUCCGCCGCCGCCUUCGGCGACAGGUCACGAGCAAGCUGGUGCGCGAGUGGGAGCUGGUGCGCGAGUGGGAGCUGGUGCGCGAGCGCGGGUUGGUCUCUGCACCGUGA